AACUAAAACUGUUUGAAAAAGUUCAAAACUUCAUAAUGGUUUCCGGACCUUGCUGUUAUGUGGGCUGGAUACGUACACUUACUUACUUUGUGCUCCCCGGAACACACUUGGUUUGUUUACUUCGCCUUACAAUACCGGUACCGGUACGGAGUACCAUACGGGGUGAUUUAUCCAGUCGCCCCGAAGCAAGUUGGCUGGCUGCCGCAAAACCACUGGAGUCUCUGACAGGAUAAUUUCAUUUUCUUGCCUUCAUCUAUCACAAAAACAUAUUCCAAACGUUCGAACCCAUCAGGAGAAACGAUGGCGAACGAAUCUGAUAUCCCCACUAUUGUGUAUGUUUUCCACCUGGAGGAUGAUGCCACCCAGGUUUCGAACGGUUAUUUUGGCCGUCGAAAUGAGCAAGGCAAUGUGUUGGAUGCUAGCCUGGUCUCUCGGUGGGAUUCUGAGAAAGGUCGCUCUGACAACAGCCAUGCUCGCAUGAUGCCCAAACACAAGAGCGUGUGCAUUGAAACCGAGGAGGACAAGCCAACAAGCCGCAGGCUCCACACACUCUCUCGUUGGUCAGCUAUCCCCGCCCCUCUCUUGGCCAACAGUGGGCAUUGCGAGGAGGACCAGCAGACAACCUCGCGAAGAAGCACAACACGAGUAAGUGAACGAAGCAGUACCGGAGAUGUAGUCGCAGAUCGGUGGGCCACAUCGAUCCCUGUGAGCCAUAGGAUACAACUUCGUGGCGAUCGUGGCAAUCAGCAGCUUGGACACGAGACCACGAGGGACCGACCAGCGCGGCUCCCAAAGCGAGGUGCUGGCUACUCUCAACCCGUCCGCAACUCAACCGACCCUCUCAUCGAGCUACGGUACAAGGCCAAGAAAAGCUACUGCUCCAAAGCGGCAUAGACAGCCUGUCGACUAAUUACUCAUAGUCUAGUAAUCAUCACUACUAGCAUUGCUUUCGUAAAACACGAAGCAAAGCAAGUCAUCAAAAAUUGAAGUCUUGGAAUUGCACGCGCAAACAUGCCCACACAUCCUGCU